AUGUCUCUCGGAACACUUUUGGGCUGGGCCUUGUGCUGCGGGUUCUCUCAGUGUUGCCCAUGUGGGCGUCUGCGCACUUCGAGGCUUUGCUUUCGUCGGCAAGGGACCUUGCACAUUGUUGAGAUGCGCCGGCGGGACAUGCAGUGCCACGCCGUCCUCACCAUCCAGAGCUGGCGACGGGGCCGACCCCGGCCGACCCUUUGUUCCGGCAGUUGCAGAGGAAAGGGUGAUGCAGGAGGAUGUCACGAGAAUGGAUGCCGGCCAUCGAGAUGGGCUCACAUUUUGGGUCCGGUAUCAUCCUCGAAUGGUUGUCAGCAGCAGCUUCAUGCCCUCACUGUGUUCUUCGAGAGGAUCGGCAAGCAGGUGACCUUGCACCGGUCCCUGGACGGGCAGGAGCUGCUUCCGUACCAGUGUACCAUUCUGCGGGAAGAUUCGGAUCGAGUACGGGAGCGUUUUCACAGGGCCUAG